AUGCGGCGUACUCUUUUCCUACCACAGUGGUGGAACAAUCUUGGUCAUACUCGAUUAACGCGUACGACUGUGGAGGAUCGUGAGCGUAUGAUGAAGGAAGCUCAGCGAAGGAAGAAAGAAGAAAGGGAAGCGAUUGAUGCUCUCGAUGACGACAUCAUUAUAGUGAAGCACACGAGAAUGCCUCAUGGAAUCAGUCGAGAGUUAACUAGGAUGAGGGAUGAAAAGUACCGCGUUUAUGGGCGAGGAGAACUGGGUGGGUGGAUCUGGAUUUCGCGUACUUUGGUUAGAGACAUCCGGGAAUCGCCUUGCAGCCAUCCUUCCAAAGCAGAGUGCUCUUCCGAAAACGUGAAGGAGUCAACAAGGGACAACAAGAUAAGUCGGCUUGAAGAAAUAGCAGCCCGUUUGAAGCAGUGGAGGACGAUGCAGGAGGUAAUGGGUGAGCGAAGGAAGAGCUGCCCAUGCUAUUCUCCCAGCUGUCGCAUGGGAAUUCCUCCCAGAUCUGUAUGUUCCGAUGACGCCAGUGCUGGCUACCAGGCAUGCUACUCGUUCGAAUGUCGUCAGCAGGGAACUGAUGUCACGCGCCCCAGCUCUUCCAUUGAUGCUGCACCAGGUGUGUGCUCUGGUGUAGUGAAGGCGUACGAUCCGUCAAAAACAGUUACCCCGCUGAAGGGUGUUUUGGGGGAGGAUCUACCGUGGCCGUUGCCUAAAGUGAACAAGUUUGUUUCUCGAGGGUCUAAGCGCACAAGCAUUUUCGUCUUACCACAAGUAACGCUUCGGCGUUUGGCGAAAAGUGGAGGUCGUAAAGCAAUUUAUGUCCCCAGUUUCUCGGCAACAGCGAAAGGAAACCUGCAAUACUGGAACUAUCCCACGCCUCGUCCCUGUUUUGAUUUAUGUUGGAGGUUAGUUGUCCAACAGUUUUGCUAUAUGUGGUCCUUUAGUUAUGCGGAUCGAUUUGCUACUACUUCAUUGUUGAUAUUCUUGUUAUCUUCCUUAUCAGAGCGUUUAUUUGUUAUUCUUAUUUUCUGCUGA